GAGAAACGGUUCGCGCCUCACCUACCCACACUCGACGGGCGGCUGGGACCUAUAAACUGACUUACACCCCCGCCAGGUUUCGCUUCUCCUCCUCUCUUUUCAGAUCUCUACCAACUCUCUGAAUACUCCUCCAUACUCAACAACACCCUCUCAUAGCAGUUACCAUGAGCACCACCGGCACCACCACCGGCACCCAGGGCCUUACGGCCACCGGCGUCCCUGCCCUGCCCUUCUUCCUGACCAUCAUCCGCGGUGUCAUUCUCGCCCUCUCCCUCGGUGCCCUGAUCGCCGCUGCCUACAACCUCUCGCUUUUCGGCGGUUAUAGCUCUUAUCUCUCUGGCUACUCCGGCCCUGCUGGAUUCAUCAUCUUCGAUGCCAUCUUCACUUUCCUCAUCGUCGGUGGCAUGCUGGCUUCCGAGUUCUUCGCCCCCCAGCUCUACAUCCGCAUUGCCUUCAUUUGCGCCCUCAUCCUCGAUGCCAUCUUCUGGCUCUCUGCCUGGGCUUGGGCCGCCUCCGUCGCCUCUUCGUUCUAUAGCUACUACGACGGUUACUAUGGCAGCAGCCACACCCUCGAUGCGUAUGGUGGCUCCCUGGCUGCCUGCGCUGCUCUCGGUGCUUUCACCUGGGUUUUGGUCAUCGUUACCAUCGUCUUCUUCAUCAAGGCCUGCAUGGCUUCCCCCCAGAGCCAGACCUUUGCUCCCCGAACUGAGGUCCAGGCUGAGCUUGGCGAGGCCAAGAUGGAGGGCACUGUUCCUCCUCCUCCUCCUCCCGCCCACUAAAGAAACAGUCUCAUAUCUCCGAGGUUGACUCUCUGGUCCCCCGAGGUCUAAAGAAGUACGCUGCAAGAAGGGAUUUGAGUGACUGCUUGGAUAACUUUCUGUCCGCAGAGGAAACACCGACGCAAGGAACGACAAUGGCUAAGCUAAUGAUGGCGCACAUGGGCGCGUAUUAUUGAAGAUUUUACGGGGCGCAUAUUAAUAGUCCCUUUUUGAUACCACUUUCAAUUCCCAUUCUCACAUACUACAAUCUACUCCUAAAUCGCAAAGUUCCAGAACCCGAAGCAUGGAGUCAUCCUACCCAGCAAUGUCUUGUGUCGUCUCUCCUUUGUCUCAUGUCCUUGUCCCAUG